AUGGCCACAUUAACCUCUGUUCCCGUUACUCUUCCCGAGGACAAAGUUCCCUCCAAGCAGAUGGUCAGAGACAUCAUCGGCACAUUCCUGACAAACGAAUGGCCAACCGUGGACCCCGAGACUCUCACAAUAAAAUAUCACGCAUCGUUCGCCAAUGCCCAUUGCCCUGUCGAGCGGCCGCGCCCGACGAAGAGUACCCCCCUCGAGCCGUUGAAGGUCUUUAUCAAAUUCCACAACGAGGGCGGGUCAGACUUUGAAGUGUUUCGGCAUCUGGCUCCGAGCAAAGCCGACGAAGCAACUCUCUGCUACGAGUACGGCCGGUCCGGCCUGGGAGCCCAAGUCCACGGCUUCUUCAAAACUCAGGAUGGCACAUUGGGAAGGAUCGACGAAUUUCUCGAAGCGCGAACGCUGGAACCAGACGAUGUUGAGAAUGUCGACAUUCGUGCAGACAUCGCCAGAGGACUGGCAACAUUUCACAGCUUGCAGGCUUCACUGCAAAAGAAGAGCGUGAACGAUUACUACGAAGCAGUCAUCAAAGGCCUCGAAACGUACCAAGGGAAGGAAAGUUUGAAAGCGCUUGGCCACGAGGGAGGAGUCAAUAUCGACGAACUGGUUGACUACAACUUUGCAACGAGGCUAAGCAAAGUAGUCGACAAGCUGGAAUCCAUUGGAGCGAAAACAGGCUGGUGCAUCCACGAUGUGCAGUUCAUGAACGUCCUGGUCAAAAACACUCCCAAGCAAGGCGAGAGCAGAAUCGUCCUCAUUGACUUUGAGUUUGUGAUGCACAACUACCGAGCGUUCGACAUUGGAGGACAUUAUAUGCAAAAGCUGUUCAAAUGGUUCGACGAGGACAACAAGAUCGCGAAUUGCAGGCCGUACACGGACGAGGAGAAGCGACACUUUUGCAGCGAGUAUGCGCAAAAGUGGAAUGAGCUGACGGGGGACUCGGACACUGCGGAACAGGUGUAUCUGGAGGCCGAGUACGGAUACAUGUUGGCCAUCACCUUUGAUGUCCACAACAUGCUGUGCUUUAUGGACGAACAGGGAGAUAAAGAUCCGUUGAAUCUGUUGGGCCUGAUCAAGCUGUUUCACGAGUUUGUCAAUCAGUACCAGAAAUUCGGGCUAGACAACUUUUGA